UUUCCUUUUAUUCAAGUUCAUUAUUGAUUUGCCCCUGAAGCGCCGCCACUGGUGUCGUUUAUUUCCGUCUGGUUUAUCUAACCUCGGAAAUAACUACCUCAAAUAAUACUAUUUUAAACAGUUUUUGCCUCUAUUAAAAUGAUUUCCUUCAAUACUGUAGUUCACGUGCCCAAAAAUAACAAUAUCGUCCAAUGUUUGAAAAACGCCCUGAGUGGUAAAACCUUUAGCACCACUGCCACCAUCAAAAUCAAAAAGAAAAUCGGUUUUAUCGGCGAUGGAAACAUGGCAAAAGCGUUAUGUAAAAGCAUCGAAAGGAGAGGCUUAAUAAAUUACUCCCAAGUCUACGUCUCAAGCCCUUACAUAAAAAACCUGAACGUAUGGAAAGAACUUGGCGCGAAUACCACAACAGACAACACCGAAGUAGCCCAAAAAUCGGACAUUGUCUUCCUGGCUGUUAAGCCGCACAUGUUGGGCGAAAUCCUCGAUAAAAUAAUCAAAGACGCGACAGCCAGUCCAAUAAGCAACAAAUUGUUCGUCUCGAUUUUAGCCGGAAUAACUUUAAGAGAACUGGAGGAGAAAACCAAAGUUUUCCAAGGCUCGCGUGUGAUAAGAGUCAUGCCCAACACCCCUGUCGUGGUCGGCGAGGGCUACACGGCCUACUGCCCCGGCCAGAACGUCACCGAAGAAGACCUCUCCAUCAUCAAGUCAAUCCUCGAGGUCACCGGAAGUUGUCAACUCCUUCCCGAGAAAAUGAUCAACGCUGUGGGCGCCAUCUCGAGCAGCGGGCCGGCCUUCGUGUACCUAUUUAUCGAAGCCCUGUCGGAUGGGGGCGUCCGAAUGGGGCUCCACCGAGAAAUGUCGACGAAAAUCGCAGCACAGACGGUCAUGGGGGCCGCCAAAAUGGUCCUGGAGACCAGCAAACACAUGGGGACUUUGAAAGACGAAGUCUGCUCUGCUGGCGGCACCACCAUUGCAGGGGUGCACGAGCUGGAGAAAGGGGGAGUCAGGGGCUCUGUUAUGAACGCGGUGGAAGCGGCGGCGAAACGAGCCGACGAACUUGCAAAAUAAUUGUGCCAAGUGUUUAGUCUGCGGUUAUUCUAUAAUAAAAUUUAGUAAGAUUACGUUGUUGCUAUCUUUGAACCGAUAAAACCGUUUUAUCAAUGACUGGUGCGCAUUUGUAACAUUUUUAUUGCUAAAAUAGUGAAUGUUUUCUGAUUGAUAUUUCUACUUGCCAAAAUGAACACUUACUUAAUUAUCAUGUUGCCCAUUUCUUGCAUAUACUUUAUAAUCAUGCUUGUUAUAUUGUUUGCCUAUCUCAGAGCUAAAAAACAAUACACUGAAAUGAUAAAAGAAGGGUUUUAUUUUGUCUGGAAUGGUGGGAGUUUUGUAGGAAUACCUCCGGAUGUGGCUGAUGAUAUGGGACUAUCGGCCGGAACUGAGAGUAGAAAUUCUUACUAAAUGGUAAUUUGGACAUACGCGUUCUUUUUGGGAAGUUCACUUAUCGCAAUACAUUUAAUAACCUUAUCAGUAGAUAAAAACGAUAAUACGACGUGACAUACAAUAAACUUAUUAGAUCUAGAAACAAUAAAAAUGGAGUCUGUUAUUUAGUUCGUUAAUAAUAAGUUAAUAAAAAAUGGAACUGUA